AUGGCUGGACGCAACAGAAACGGGAACGGGAACAGGAACAGUAACGGCCACCGGAAUGCGAAUGGUAACGGCAGUAGCAACCAGCAUGCUAGGAAUCGCGAGGCAAGAGACCGGAGUGCAAGAGUAGACAUGGAUCUUGUCGAGGGUGUUCGCACGGUGCCCCCAUCCGGAUCGCUCAAGCCCAUGAUUGUCUUCCGAGAUAACCACCGUCGUGCGUCCGUUCUGCUACAGAACGCAACCUUGGAUUAUGGUAAGUUUUUGGACAGGGGAGCCGUGCUCCGCGACCACACCGUAAUCCUGGUGUUCUCGGCGGCUGAAAUUAGGAUUUUGUGGGAGUUGAGGGAGAUGAACCGGGCAGCUGUGAGGCACAACAAAGAGCGUCUGUGGGAGUUUUUUGUCAUCGUCCCCAACAGCAAGAGGCAAGGACUACCCAUCAGGCCUCCUUCACUGUGCUCUGAGGAGCAAACAAUCCUUAUCACCAUUAUUAGUGGUUGGGCUGUUGGUAAUUUGCUGGGGGUUAUUGCUUUACCAGUAUUAGACAUUGACUACCGGCCAACACUUGUCACCGGAGAUAUUCCCGGUGGUAACCGAGAACUUGCCGGUGAAGGUUCUGGCGUUUUUACCGUCAAAAUUCAUCACAGUGGGGGUUUCGUGACAAACAAAACUGGAAAACUGGUUUUCUUUCAAGUGGAGGUGGACUACUUUGAUGAAGUUAAGUCUGAGGACCUUAAGCUUGAAGAGGUUAACUUGUUUAUAGAUCGUAUUGGAUUCUGCAGGCCUCACAGGCUAUUCUACAUAGACCCUAAUGUGGCAGAAUUUGAUGGCUUUAGAAGGUUAAAUUCAGAUCAAGAUUUGAAAUCACUGAUGGAAAUCACGUCUGCAGAGAAGGGUAAGGCUGUUGUUAUCUACAGGAUAGGUGUCAAUGAAUAUGAUCCAUUACCGGGACCUAAACCCAAACGUCCAGCAUAUUUAAAUGAAGGUGAAGAGAGUGAUGCAGAUGAUGAAGAUUAUGAACCAGAGAGUGAUUACAUCUUGUCUGAUUCUGAUGAUGAAAGCAGCUGCAAAUAUGCCAAUGAGUCCAUGCGUACUUCCUGCUGGGCAAGUUUGAGGAAGCCAUAUGAGUUUGUGCCUCAUGCAUAUGUACCUGAGACUGGAGAUUCAGAAUCUGACUAUACUUCUUGUGAUGAAUUGCAUAAAGUUAAAGGUUCUGAUGACGAGGAGGAGCAUGUAGAAGUUAAAAGAAUAUCGAAAGAGGAUCCAACAUUUGAGGUCAGAACUGUUAAGUAUAAACAUACUUGUGACAAGAUUUGGGAGAAGAAUAGGAACUGCAACUCCAAUAUCGUUUCAAACUGGUAUCUUGCUGAUUUUGCACAUGAUCCAAGAAUAAGUGUGGGAACUCUGCAAUUUAGAGUUCUCAAUGAGAAGAAGAUUACUAUUUCCAUAACACAAGCUUGGAAGGCCAAGACAAAGGCUCUCAAAAAGGUUAGAGGCAGCAUUGUGGAACAGUAUGUGAAGUUGGAAGGUUACAUGAAAGAAACCAAAAAGCUGAACCCAGGCACCACAUUUGAGCUGAUGAAGAACCCUAACCCUGAACAUCCUAAUACCUUUAAGAGAAAGUUUUGGAAAAAGCGUGAUGGUCCACAACUGCAACCACCAGAAUUCAAGCAUAAGAUUGGUAGACCCAAAGGUAGCAGGAACAAGAGAGGAUCUAUUAAAGCAAGUCGAAAGAAGGGUAAAGGUAUUAACAAAUGCAGCAAGUGUAACGUGACUGGCCAUAUAAGGAGAUACUGCCCGGAUCUACCUAACCAAUCAAAUAAGGUAGCUCAACAGGGCCAAGGGACUGUUGUUGAUACCAAUCCACCCAUACCGAAGAGGAAAGGGAGACCCCCAAAGAAAAAUCCACACAAUCUGGUGGAUGAAGACAUAAGCCAACCUGUUGGGGAAGGAGAUACCAGCAAUCCUCAGCCGGCACAACAAAAGAGGAGGGUUAGGCCACCAACACCACACUCAAAAUGUAAGCAAUGCAAGGAAAUGGGACAUACCAAGUCCAUAUUUCGUGAUGCUGAAAACUGGCUUCACGAUGAAGAGGUUAUGGAAGAGAUUUUCAAUACCCCUGGUGCACCAGCUAAUUAUAUACCCAGUGGAUAUUUAUCACCUGACGAUGGAUACAUGCACGAGGGAUGUCGUCGUUGUAGAAGCAAUACUCAUGAUGAGGACAACUGUUCCUGUCUUGAUUUCAAAUGUGACCGCUGCAAUUACUUUGGACAUCUCAGAAACGAAUGCCCUUUAUCACAGGAGGAACUUGCUUCAAAACUUCGUCCAUCUAGUUCUACUGACCCAACUGCACCAUUCAUUGCUCAAAAUGAUGAUGUGGCAGAACAAAACAAUAUAGAUGACAGUUUGUCAAGCGAUCAGCAGCAGCACCAAAAUAUGGACCAGUUGGAACAUGAUUCCAAUCAAACUCCACAUGCUGAUGAAAGGUCCCCUGAGCGAGAACCAACAAUAACAAAUGUGACGUUGUCGGGCCCUCUUGAUGUUCAGGAAGCAGAUGUUGUAAUUCUCCCUACUGUCGUAACCUCACCGACUGCCAACAAAGCCAACAAAAACCACAAAAAAUCAGCCCCUUCAACACCAAGGAGAACAAGUGCAAGGCUAGCUACUGUUAAGGUAAGGUUCGAUGCUGAUGGUCAUGGCAGUAGUCCUGAAAAGGAAAUUCAGGUAUUAGGUGAGGAAGCUGUGGAAACAUCCGUCGGGAGGAAAAGGGCCAAAACCUUCCAUGGUCAAAUCCUGCCAAAAGUACUUUAUUCACUCAUUGUAUCUAAAGGCUCCAGUUCUAUCUUGAUUGUUUCCUUUUCUAGUAUUGAUGUAACUCAAACUUUUCUAGAGUUAUUUGCUGUUUGGAUUUCACAGUAG